ACAUGGAGUCUGUGGCUUGUUACCUCUGUCGGAGGAGUAGAAUCCACCCUCUGUGUGCGCGCAAGAAGUGAUGCUGCACCAGCCGAUGCCAACUUACCACUUUGGUGCAGUUCAUACGAAUAAACCAGUGGAGCUGUUAUAUUGAAUUAUUUGGAGAAAGAGGAAAGAGAGCACUUCUCUGCUUCACACUUUGUGCUAAGUGCGCGGUUGAACUUGUUUCUUGCCUCUGAGGGACGGGGUUGGAUUUGAUGGAAACAUGACGAAAGGAGCAACCGGACGGCAUGCCCUGGGCACCUUGCAGCUGCUGGUCGCAGUGGCGGUGUCACUUUCAGCGGCUCGCGGGACGCCAUCCUUGCACUAUGGACACAUUGCGGAGAACUCCCCGUCCGGGUCGCCAGUGGACGGAGUCAAGCUGCCCCUGGUUGGAGGCGACUGUCGCGCGGCGCAUCUUCUUCUGGACACGGGUUUGACUGGGAAUUAUGCAUCAGAUUUCAAGUUGUUUUUCCACCGGGGGCAACGAAAUGUUGGGUUGAAAUCAACCAAAACUUUGGACCGCGAGUUCAUCGCGAUAUACGAGUUGCGGGUGACGCUGCCGGGCUGUCUGAAGGGUCCCGCAUCGGUCCAGGUGGAGGUGGCGGAUCAGAACGACAACGCACCGGAAUUCAUAGGGGAAAAUAAAACGGUAAAAGUAAACGAGCUGACGUUGCUCGGUACUGAGGUGGCCCGUUUCAGCGCAAAGGACAGCGACGCCGAAAAUAACGGACAAGUGACUUAUUUCGCGCGGCCAAAGUCUCACUUCGUCCACGUGGUUCCGUCCAGCGGACAGGUGACACUGGUCAGGUCCCUCAUUGGGGUCACCGCCUUCACACUUCACGUGUACGCCAAAGACAACGGAGACCAAGUGCUGAUAAGCGAGCCCCUGAGGCUUCAGUUCGAGGUGGCCCGAGACGGCUUCGACAGGUUCCCUCGCCAGCCCCGGGCCGGCUCCCCCCGCCGGCCCCGGGCCGUCUCCGGGGAGGAACUCGCCCUCACCGUGACCGUCUCCGACGACGUCAAAGUCGGAGAUUUGAUUUUCACAGUCCCAGAUCAAAAGUUUGCCAAGCGCUGGUUCGAGGUGGUGUCAGAGCCGGACUCCCCGGUGCAGAUAGAGCGCGACUCGGGGCGGUUGUACCUGGCGCACGCGUUCCAGUCCCCGACGGACGUGGUGGUGAAGAUCCAGAAUGUCAGAGGAGAUGACUGGUACCUCUGUCGCCUGGCGCUCAGCAUGCCCAGUCAGGCCGACCUGCAGUGGGCCAUGUACCCCUCCUCAUACCUGGCAGCUGUGGGGCCAGACGCCACCCCGGGCCUGGUGGUCUACCGUCUCUCCGCUCGGCAACGGGACGGGACCCAGCGCAACGCCCAGUUCAUCCUGUUAGAGGGUGGGGAGGAGUGCUUCCAGGUGGACCGCAGCUCUGGAGAGGUCAGGACCACGGGCCGACCUCUGACCCCCAGUAGGGAGUACCUGCUGAGGGUCCAGGUGCUGGAUGGGCUGGGUCGGAAGGGCCCCGUUGCCUCGGUGGCCAUCCUGGCCGGGUUCCGGGCCCCGCAGUUCACCAACUUCACGUACAACCUGAAGGUGGCGGAGAACACCCCAGUGGGACAGGCGGUCGCCAUGGUUCAGGCCAUCUCCUUCCAGAGGAAGAGCCUGGCCUACAUGCUGCUGGUGAACCCGGGGAACCUGUUCAGCAUCCACCAGGAGAGCGGGGCCCUCAGCCUGACCCGGCCCGUGGACUACGAGGGCGGCCACACCCUGCACAGCCUGCAGGUCCGCGCCUCCGAGCCCGACACAGGCCUCAGCGGGGUGGCCGAGGUGGUGGUUCACAUAACGGAUGAGAACGACUGCACGCCAGAGUUCCUCUACUCCAUCUACAGCAGAGACAACAUCCCUGAGAGCACAUCUCCAGGAACCUCCUUACUGCAAGUUCUUGCCAGAGACUGUGACACAGGGCUGAACUCAGAGCUGUCGUACUUCAUCCACAGUCCUGACUUUGAGAUCACUUCCAGGGGCGUGGUCAGCCCCAGCAGGAAGCUCGACUACGAACGGCCCAAUCACAUGUAUGAGUUUGUCGUGGUCGCUGUGGACGCAGGUAGUCCCGCCCGCACAGGGACCGCCUCCAUCCGGAUCCGCAUGGCCAACAUCAAUGACGAGGCACCCGUUUUCUCACAGCAUAUCUACAAGACCUUCCUGAGUGAGGACGCGGGACCCGAGACCCUGGUGGCCAUCGUGCACGCCAAGGACCCCGAUGGAGAUGCCGUCUCCUACGCCAUCACCGGCGGCAACGAGGACAGCAACUUCCAACUGGACAAUCAGAAGGGUAUCAUCAAGCUGCGUAUGAGCCCCCCUCCCAGGCUGAGGGGCCCCCAGUACGUCCUGAACAUCACCGCCACAGACGACAACGCUUCAGGGGGUCCGUACCCCCUCAGCAGCUCCGCACAGGUGGUGGUCGGCAUCAACGACAUCAACAACAACAAGCCCCUCUUCCAGGAGUGUCAGAACUACAGCCAGCACGCUGUUGUCCUGGAGAACCAGCCCCCAGGGACCUUUGUCCUGCGGGUCCACGCGGUGGAUGCUGACAUGGGGGUGAACGGGGAAGUGAAGUACGGCCUCAUGAACCACGAGGGCGGAGCCUCCGGAUUCGACAUAGACCCCGACACAGGCGUGGUAAGCAGUACGACCAGCUUCGACCGGGAGCGCCAGCGUGAGUUCACCCUCUCUGUGACGGCCACAGACCAGGCAGACGAGCCCCUCAUCGGGAUAUGCCAGGUCACCGUGGUGAUCGCCGACCAGAACGACAAUGACCCCAAGUUCCAGAACAGCCGCUACCAGUACUUUCUUCGCGAAGACACGUCGGUUGGAACUAGUUUUCUGCGGGCGGCGGCACACGAUGCCGACCAGGGGAGUAAUGCGGCUAUUACGUACUCCUUGUCCAAUCAGAAGCCGGCUUACUUGGAGAUCAACCCCACCACGGGAUGGGUUUACGUCAACCACCCCAUUUCACAGACGUCGCGGAUCAGCCAGCAGAUCCUGGCCACGGACGGGGGCCGGCGGAGCAGCUCGGUGGAGCUCAGCGUCAUCAUCACCAACGUGCACAACCAGCCGCCGCUGUGGGAGCAGAGCGAGUACUGGGUGACCGUGCCCGAGAACACCGUGCGCGACGCCAAGAUCCUGACCAUCAAGGCGACCUCCCCCCUCGGUGACCCCCGGGUGACCUAUAACCUGGAGGAGGGUCAGGUGCCGGAGACCAACAUGCCCGUGCGCUUCUACAUCAAGCCCAACCGCGCCGACGGCUCGGCCUCCAUCCUGGUGGCGGAGAACCUGGACUACGAGAGCAACCGCUUCUUCGCCCUGAGGGUCCGCGUGCAGAACGUGGCGGCCGUGCCCCUGGCCUCCUUCACCACCGUCUACGUCAACGUGACCGACGUGAACGACAACGUCCCCUUCUUCCUGUCCUCUACGUACGAGGCCACGGUGGCCGAGGGCGCUGAGGCGGGCGCCGCCGUGGUCCAGGUGUCGGCCACCGACCUGGACUCUGGCCUGCACGGCAUGAUCAGCUACGCGAUCCUGAAGGACGAGAGCGGGGACUCCCAGUACUUCAGCAUCAACUCGUACACGGGGGUGGUCCACACGCGCGCCUCCUUCGACCGCGAGCAGAAGGGCUCGUACCUGAUCGAGGUCCAGUCCCAGGACGGCUCCGAGUCCGCCCGCUCGGGGCAGCAGGGCCAGCCCAACACUGACACGGCUUAUGUGAGGAUCUUUGUGGCUGACGUGAACGACAACGCCCCGGCCUUCGACCAAUCGGUGUACGAGGUCAGCGUGGAGGAGGACCAGGAGGUUGGCUUCGUGCUCAUCACCGUGACGGCCAACGACGAAGAUGAAGGUGCCAACGCCAAGCUCCGCUACCAGAUCACGUCGGGCAACGCGCUGGGCACCUUCGACGUGGAGCCCGAGGUGGGCACAAUCUUCGUGGCCCAGCCCCUGGACUACGAGAUGGAGCAGCGCUACGAGCUGCGCCUGGUGGCGUCGGACGGCAAGUGGGAGAACCAGACGCUGGUGGUGGUGCAGGUGGCCAACAAGAACGACGAAGCGCCCGUCUUCCAGCAGACUGAGUACCACGGCGCCGUCAGCGAGGAGAUGAGCCAGCUGCCCGUCUUCGUCCUGGAGGUGUCGGCCACCGACCCAGACCUGGACGCUGACCAGGCCGCCCUGCGCUACUCGCUCCACGGCCAAGGCGCCGGCACCGAGUUCACCAUCGACGAGCGCACCGGCCGCAUCUCAGCCCAGCGGCGGCUGGACCGAGAGGAGCGGCCCGCCUGGAGGUUCCUGGUCCUGGCCACCGACCAGCGCGGGACGGGGCUCACCGGCUUCGCCGACGUUCUCCUCGAGGUGCGCGACGUCAACGACAACGCGCCCUUCUUCCCCUGCCCGGCGCCCGCCUCGGACGGCUGCUUCGUCGGGCACGUGGCGGAGAACUCGCCCGCCGACACCUCGGUCAUGGAGAUGCGCGCCACCGACCCGGACGACCCCAAGGAGGGCCGCAACGCCGUGCUCAGCUACCGCAUCAUCCAGAACAUCCGCAACGAGAUCAACCUCAACCUGUUCUCCAUCAACCCCGCCACCGGCACCAUCUUCACCGUGCUGCGCUCGCUGGACCGCGAGGCGGACGACCGCUACCUGGUGGUGGUGGAGGCCCGGGACGGCGGGGGGCUCACGGGCACGGGGACCGCCACCAUCGUGGUCACGGACGUCAACGACCACCCGCCCGUCUUCACCCAGAGGAUCUACACGGCUCAGGUGGCUGAGGAGCUGGAGGUGAACAGCGAGGUCCUGGUGGUCUCCGCCACAGACGGAGACCAGGGGGAGAACGCCGUGGUCACCUUCAGCAUCGUCAGCGGCGACGAGGACAGGAAGUUCUUUGUGGAGACGGACAAGGUCAACCGGCGCGGCGUCAUCCGGCUCAAAAAGAAGAUCGACUUCGAGAAGCCCCUGGAGAGGACCUUCAACCUGACGCUGAAGGUGGAGGACGCCGACUUCUUCAGCCUGGCCUACUGCCUGGUGCAGGUGGAGGACUCCAACGACCACCCCCCCGUGUUCUUCCCCCAGUUCUACGAGGCGCCCCCCAUGUCCGAGGACGUCCCGGUGGGCACCAUCGUGGCCCAGGUCUCCGCCUCGGACUCGGACUCGGGACAGAACGGCCGCUUCUCCUACACCAUCGCCCAGGACUCUGACCCCUAUGGCCAGUUCAUGGUGGACCAGUCCGGCUGGGUGGUGGUGGCCGCCCCCCUGGACCGGGAGAGGGUCUCGCAGCACCGGCUGGUGGUGCUCGCCACCGACACGGGCAGCCCCCAGCUCACGGGCACCGCCAUCGUCACGGCGACGGUGCUGGACGUCAACGACAACGGGCCGGAGUUCGAGGCGGCGUACCGGCCCGUGGUGUGGGAGAACGCCGCGGCGCCGCAGACGUUGCGCAUGAACGACACGUCGCUGCUGCUCCACGCCGUGGACCGCGACGCCCCGGCCAACGGCGGGCCCUUCGCCAUCCGCCUGCUCAUGCUGACGUCGGACGCCGCCAACUUCAACCUGACGGACCUGCGCAACGGCAGCGCCGCGCUGACCGCGCUCCGCACCUUCGACCGCGAGCGCCAGAAGGAGUACCGCCUCCCCAUCCUGAUGGUCGACAGCGGCACGCCGCCCAUGAGCUCCACCAGCACGCUGACCGUCGUCAUCGGCGACCGGAACGACCACCCCCACGCGCCGGGCCACACCGACUUCAUCGUGUAUACCUAUGAGGGCAUGCUCCCCGUGACAGCGCUGGGUAAGAUCCAGUCCCCUGACCUGGACGACUGGAGCCAGAAGGAGUAUCACCUGGAAGGACAACCGUCCAGGUUGUUCAGUCUGAACCAGCACUCGGGCCAGCUUAGCAUCAAGGAUGGGGCCCCGCCCGGCUCCUACGACCUGCAGGUGCGGGUGUCGGACCAGACCUGGCCCGACGUGGUCUCCAGUGCCCGGGUCCUGGUGUCCCCGCUCCCAGAGGACGCCCUGCACAACGCCGGCUCCCUGUGUCUGUCCAACCUGACAAAGGAGGACUUUUUCAGCACCCCUGGGGGUGGAGACGGCAGGAACCAGGAGAGCGGGUUCACCAGGCUGGGUCGGGUGCUGGCUGAGCUCCUCCAGACGGACCCUGAGAAGGUGCAGGUGUUCUCGGUGAGCGACGCAGGCCGGCGAGGGGAGAAGGAGCUCAACGUGUGGUUCGCCGCCCACGGGUCGCCCUACUACAAGGCCGAGAAGCUCCACGGAUAUGUGGCCGCGGGCCGGGCCGAGCUGGAGGCUGCUCUUGGCGUGACCAUCUCCCAGGUGGGCGUGGACGACUGUCCCUACACCGACUGCAGCCAAUCGGAUGGCUGCAGCACGGUGGUGUCCUUUAGCCCCGUCGCCGUGGAGCUGAGCUCCGGCAACACCACCCUGGUGUCGGUAGCCGCCUCCACCGAGGCCAGGUGUGGGUGCGGCGGACGGGAGAGACCCCACCUGUCCUGCUCCUCCUACCCAGCCAAACCCUGCCUCAACGGGGGCACCUGCCAGGACAGUGACCUGGGCUACAGGUGUAAGUGUCCUCCUAUGUACGACGGCCCAGAGUGCCAGCAGACCAAGCACACCUUUGGGGGGCAGGGCUAUGCCUGGUUUCCUCCCAUCAGGCCUUGCUUCCAGAGCCACGUCUCCCUGGAGUUCCUGGCCCAGUCAGCCAAUGGGCUGCUCCUAUACAACGGCCCACUAGGCGCCGCCCACCCGGGGGAGCCAGAGGACUUCAUUGCUAUAGAGCUGAGGAACGGGGUCCCCACUCUCAGUAUAAACCACGGUUCAGGAACCCUGACUCUCCAGCUCCCCCUGCAGGCCAGUAUCACGGACCGCCGCUGGCAUCGCCUCGACGUCCUCAGUGACGGAAAGGUGGUCCAGCUGCUCCUGGACCAGUGCGGGGGGGCUCUUGUGAACGAGGUGGAGGGUCUGGUGGCAGAGGGGACAGAGAUGGACCAGAGUGGUUGUAGGGCCUCAGGAGAGAGCCCUGGGAACCAAAGGUACCUGAAUGUCUACCAGCCUCUUCAGCUUGGGGGCAUGAAGGAGAUCUCCCCCCACAGACGAUACAGGAGCUACGCGGGCUGCAUCCGCAACCUGCAGGUGGACAGCCAGGUGUAUGACCUGGGCGCCCCAGGGGAGAGCGUGGACUCGUCCCCGGGCUGUGGGCUGACUGACGGGGUGUGUGUGACGAGCGCAGGGCCCUCCUGCGGGGUCCACGGGCGCUGCCUGGGGGAGUGGGGCUCCUUCAGCUGUGACUGCGACCCCGGGUACACCGGACACAAGUGUGACCAGGUGGUGCCAGAGUGGUCUCUGGACCAGGACAGCGUCCUGCGCUACCAGCUGAGAGGAGGGGGCAGCCCCCGCCGCACGCAGGCCCAGCUCCUGCUGCGCACCCGCGCCUCCACGGGCACACUGCUGUCCACGACGUCCCGGGACGGCAGCGAGUACAUCAUCCUGGAGAUCACUGAGGGCCACCUCUCGGUGAGGGCCAACUUGGGAGACGGCCCCCACUCCCUGCGUCUGCCCGACCACCGCAUCGACGGGGGCCAGUGGGUACUGGUCAGCUUCUAUCGCCACGACAACGUGUUCCGGCUGAAGCUAGAGCAGGGCGGGGGCUCGCGGGAGGUGCAGGCCCAGCUGGGGGGCCGGAGGGAGAUCGUGGUCCAUCCCGCCAGCAUCCAGCUGGGGAACGGGCCCGGGGCCGAUGAGGGGGCCGACUUCCAGGGGUGUCUCCGCGACGUGCGUCUGAACGGCCACAGCCUCCCGCUGGACGGCCGCAGCUCAGAGUUCGUGGUGGUGCUGGAGCGACGCGGGGUGGGCCCCGGCUGCUCCUCAGAGGCCUGCAGCUCCAGGCCCUGCAGGGGGCCCCUCUACUGCGUCGACUUGUGGAGGAAACAUGAGUGCAGGUGUCCAGGCAGUCAGGUGGCGGUGUCGGACGCGGCCUCAGGGCAGGAGCGCUGCGUCCCGUCACCAUGUCUACCGUCGUCAUGCCGCAACGGGGGCGUGUGCACGCCCCUGUCCCCGGAGAGCUACCGCUGCCGCUGCCAGGCCGGGUUCAGAGGUCAGCGCUGUGAGGUCGGCCAGGUCAAAGGUCACCUGCUGGCCACCCUCAGCCCCAGCUCCAUCCUGGCCAUCAGCAUGUGUCUACUGGUGUUCUUUGCCGUGCUGGUGGCAGUGACGGUGUGGAACCAGAAGGGGAGCCGCAGUAAGUUCCGGAAGAGAGGAGUCUACCACAUCCCCGCCGAGCACGCCAGCUGGGAGGACAUCAGAGAGAACAUCCUCAACUACAACGAGGAGGGAGGAGGCGAGCAGGACCAGAAUGCAUACGACAUCACAGAGCUGAAGCGUCCGCUAUGUUCCAGUCUGUCGCAAUCCUCCUCAUGCACCACAGCCCCCCUCAUCAAGUCCUACCAUGGCUCCCAAGAGGAGGUGCACCCCUCUGGCUCCUCAUGCAGCUCCGGGGCCCCUUACCUUAGCAUUCCCAAUCAUCAUCACCACCACCAGCACCAUCAUCACCACCACUCUGGCAACGCUAACUAUGCCGCAGAGGCUAAUGAUGCUAGCUACGCAAACGGUCAACAAUGUGCUAACCCUGGUACUCCAAUUAAUGUGGACGGCGAGACGCGCAACGCCGUGGGAUUCACAGACGCCCUCCUGGCUAAGUCGCACUCCCAGGUGGACUUCAAGAACUACGUAGCCCGCAUCAUCUGGGAGGCAGACAAUGACGGGGAAGCUUGCCCGCUGGACGCAUACCACGUGUGGUGUGUGGAAGGCGCAGGCUCAUCGGUCGGAAGCCUGAGCUCACUGGGGUCAGCCGCCUCUGUAAAUCGCCCAGGAGACCAAGGGGACGAGGCUGGGUUCGGGCACGACAGGCUUUCUCGCUGGGGCCCCAAGUUCCAGGCUCUGAGCACCAUGUACGACCGUCCCCAGCUAGAGCUCUCGUACAGAGACGCAGUGAGCUACAUGCACCGAAGCCACAGCCAGGACCUCCUUCCUCAUCCACGUUAGGAUUGCCGGAACAUAGCGCCACACUCAAAAAAAGACCCACACAGACUCACAAAAACAUACACACACACACACACACACACACACACACACACACACACACACACACACACACACACACACACACACACACACACACACACACACACACACACACACGCGCGCACACAGCCUAUACACAACUCUGGCCCUUGACUGCCAUCACUCAUUAGCACAUCAGUGACCCUGUGGAGAUCCUAUGUAGCACAAUUACACUACUUUGCUAUGACAAGUCGUUCUGUUCUAUCUCUUUAACUGGUGCCCUCCAAGGAAGGAAUCAACCGGGUACAGGAAAAUGAUUACAGCAGGUGUGAAGGCUAGCCAACCGUUUAAAUGUAGUUUCCUGUUGAUUGGGGCACUAUAUUCCUGUCUGGACAUGCACUGGACACCUGUUUAUUUGCAUAAAGGUUUCGACUUGUUUUCUAUGACGAGGAUAACUGACAAUACAGGAAACUCUGACGUAUAGCGAGGAGAUUCAAUGCUUGGUGUUAUGAGGCCCUUUAAUUGAGAUCUGUUUGCAGGAAGCACACUGAGACUGGCUUCAAGUCUGCGUGAGAUCAUGUACCAGCUUUACAUUGUUGGAGGGGUAACCAAUAUAUGAAAAUGAAACAGUUAUUUAUUGGGGUUCAUUGUUAUCUUUAAAGAGAUGUACCAUGUACCAUAUUUAUAUUUUUGUUGUCAGGUGGUUCAAACAUGCACAUCACACACACUGCCUCUCCACAAUGACACAUCAUACAAGGUACAGAUGCUUUGUGCCGUUUUGUAUUAUGAGAUUAAGGUUAGAAGAAUUAUGUUUAUGUGUGUGUUUAUGGUAUAAUGCAGAACGAUCAUAACUUUAGAUUCUCUAUUGACAAGCUUCAAAGUCCUAUUGUUAUAUAUUUUUUGCAAAUUCACCCCUGACAAGUUCUGUGUCCUCUGCACAGCCACAAACACUCACCUGCUGUUCAUAUCCCCUCCACUGGUACUAUUCUGUAAAGGCUCUGACCGCGGUCCAUUAUGCACAUUUGAUGCAUAUUCUGUUGAUUGUCCGAUUGCAGUGGGAAGUUGCAGUUGAUGGAUCAUUUCAAGGUGUAAUUGAUAUAUUGUAUGUAUUACUAAGUCAUGCAAACAGCUAUGAUUCACAGGAUGUAGAUUGUUAGUCAAUACAUCGUGUCCUCUGUUAUCCCGAUAGCAGAUCCAAGCGAAUUGAUUGACACGACCACCACUGGUGGAACAGUGUGUGGAAUGUCAUCAUCGCCCUCUGAUUAUGAGCAGUGAUGAAUAAUAGACCAGCUGAGAUUGCAUUUAUUUUGCUGAGUGAGUUGGACCAGUCAACUGUACCCGCACUCACAAAAAAGAACCCCUCCAUCAAAAAGGUUUCAUUUUAGCAGCGGCUAAUAUAUUUCAUUUCUGACCAACCAGUUUCAACAAAAUGUACCAGCCAAACCAGAGUUUACUACCGGAUAGCACAUGCCAAAUUCAGUGCUAGAGCGCAAAGUCCAUUACCAAAACAUUAUUAACCAGCUUUUCAUCUGAUGAUGUGAUAAAAAGAAACCCAACUUAUAUAAUUGCUCUCUGUGUUCGAUGUCCCCUUUGUGUUGUCAUGACAACGUUUAAUGAAUGUAUUGUUUAUAAGUCGAUGGGGGAAAGAGUUAUUCACAAAAAGUGUUUAAAGAGUUUAAUGGCGAAAAGAACAAUGUUAAUGAAAAAAAUAAUCAUGUUCAAAUGAAGGUAAUCAUUCCAAAAUAUAGUUCAUGGAUUUAUAUCAUAACAAGCACUGGUACCCCAGAACAACUCUUUGAACCGUCAUUUAAUGGCAGUUUAUUGUUUGAAGGCUAUUUUACAAAAAUAACUUUUAAUAUUUAGACAGUAAGUGCUUCAUAGACAUCUAAAGAUCAUAUGUUUACCCCUGAACCUUAAAUCUUAGAGCGUCCCUUAAAAGGACUUGUGCAGAAAGCUAUGCAUCCAAAUUAACCUACACGGGUGUUUUAUAAACCUCUUUUCAACUUCAAGAAAUGUUUGUGUUUUAAAGCUCUGAUGGCUCUUGGUAGCUGCUGAUGUUGCUUAACGGUAAUGUCAUUGUUUUAUUAAGAUGUGAAGCUGUGUUUGUGUUGAUGUGUGUAGAAAUCUCUCACACACACAUAUACACAAUAUAAAUAAAAAAUAAAAAACUCUUUUUUGCACCCCAGCAAGCCAGUGUUAAAAUGGACUGAAUAGUCGCGAUGUGGUUAUGUAUGAUAUUAUGUAUAUAUGUACCUUUUAUAGCUACCUAACAUGGAAUAUUCCUUUUCUAUAUGAAUUUUAAUAAAAUAAUGUUCCCCAAUUUAA